AUGCAACGAGUUUACAAGAGGAAGGCUACCACCGCGGAUGACUUCCUUCAGUGGAAGCCGGGCGAGAACGUCCCGCCCUCUGUUCGCCGCGGCCGUGAAUUGCCUAUGUGCCUCCACAAAAAGGCCCGUGUCGCGAAUCCAACGGUUUCACCUCCGCUUCCGUCAAUUGUUGACCUAACUAGUGUCUCGUGCGAGAGUGACUUGGACGCUUUGCUCCCUCCGGUGGCCAAGGAUCUGGCGAUGUCCUCCACCUCCCCGCAAGAUUCCGAUCGCGAUCCUCCUCAUCUCCAGCCGCGACAUCAUCAGCAGCUCGAGACUCGAUCGGUAGUACAGCAAUGGGUGUCAUGUGACAGCACUGAUGUCGCCACCGUCUCAUCCUCACCGCUCGCCGAUUCACAUUUUUUGUCCAGCAGCGGUCUUGAUACUGACGCUAGCAUGGAAAAUCCCUCCGCACAAGCCCGGGAUUUGACAAGUUCCUCGGCAAAUGUGCAUGGCGAUUUAAGUUACGAUGAUUUAUUUGGUCAGUACCUUCGGUCGCCGUCGCCGUCACCUUCGCCUUCGCCCUCACCCUCUUCUCCCUCAUCACCCGAUGAUGCCGCCAGCGAAACAAGCGAAGCGACCCUGGUAGACGGCACCCUUGAUCCUACUGGGAUAAGUGUAGAUACCGAUGCCGGACUACGCGGGGCUCCCGCUGAGGAAGCCGUGCUAGAGAAGGAGGUCGCACAGGAUCAAGGAGACGCGUGCCGUAUCGGCAAUGGCACCCGACUUCGAUUGCGAGCCCGCCAGCCGACAAUCACACUCCGCCUUGAGCUACCGGCUACAAGUCAAGGCAGGGUGAAAGAACAAAGAGGGAAGGGGAAGACCAAAAUGCAAGAAACUCAACGGGGAGAGGGAAAGAAGGGAGCCAAGGGAGCAAAGGCGAAGAAAGAAGCUAAGGGAGUGAAGGUAAAGAAGGAGAAGCGAUGA